UUUUGUGUUCAAACGCACAAGCAUCGCAAGUACAUAUCAGAUUUGAAAAUUGAAAAACAAAUGUCUGUACGAAUUAUAGUAAUCAUUGCAUUAUUGGGUAUUGCAUGGGGACAGGCGCCACAACAUUGUUGCGCUCCCAGUAAGUUUACAGCGGAAAGGAUAUCGCUUACAGCGACGUUGACGUCCGGCUCCACAAAUCCUGAUAUCAACGAUGUGGUGGUUCACGAGCUGUACGACUAUGAUGGACAGCGCACAAAACUGACUGGAGGCAACCUACUGGAUCCAGUAACGGGGGGCAGGUCAAACUACACCAUCUACCGAGAUUAUAAACACAGUCGAGAAUACAAAGUUGUUAACGGAGUCUGUACCCAGACAACGCUGGAUAGUCCGCUGUUGUCACCAUGUAUUCCAAGCAACUUCACGAUGACCGGCACAUACCGAAUUGGAUCGUCGGGAAGCAACCAGCGCGUUCAGGUCUGGACCGGGGUUCUAUAUGGAACGCUGCGUUUCAACUAUCACGUCACAGAGGAUGAUUGCACGCCUGUAGCAUAUAACUUCUUCGGGAAUCUCGCAGACGGAAGUGCCAUAGUCCUGGACACGAUUCGGUUCCUAGACGUCAGGCGAGAUGUAACAUUGCAGGACAGCGACUUUGCCCUGCCAGAUGAGUGCAAACAUGGAGCCCAAGCAGUUGGAAAAUAAAUGCUCCGAAGAAUGUAAUACCAAUGUAUAAUAAAUUGAAAAUAAAUGGGUCAAUAAUUUA